AUGUGUGAGCGGGCCACCAAUCAGCGAAAAAGACAGGCGCUUAACAUGGCGCGCGUGCAAGCACGUACAACCGAUAGCCAUCAGAUGGCCGGAUAUGUGAGAGGGGCUUGUGUGUCAGCCCCACCCUGCCCACUGCCCAGCAAGGCAUGUGCGUGCACGAUUCACGAGCGCCGGCUUUGUUCGCUCUGCGGGACCUCUCGCGCCCGCCUGGACGCCUCCGGCACGGCAGUUCUAAUUAUUCGCGCGCUUGCACGGCGCGGAUUCGAGUGGCGCGCCGGCGGCUAA